ACCCAUUAUACCCAAAAUUCUAGUUAAUUUACCGAACUUGUUGAAAUAUUUGUACGGAACUGUGUGUCUGUGCUGAAUGCCAGAUUUAUGUGCCAGGCAGAUAAUUAUCUGUCAGGGUGUGAGGCUAGGGAACGCCCCCAAAAUAUGGGGAACAUCGCUGGGCAUAUCGCAGGGCAAUUGUCGCAUCGAUUCUCAGUCUGCCAUUUGGUACAUUCCCAGCAUGUUGCAGCAGCCGGAGGCAAUUAUUGUUGUGAUCUUCGCCCUGCUCGCCUUGGAGGCGGAGACGACGACGACCAUCAGGUGGUAUAGCUCUGGCGCCGCAUUCGAUGAUCCUGCCACGUGGCUGAGCGGCUAUUUGCCGCGUGCACGCGAUUUGAUUGUAUUUCCGGAUUACUAUCCGGCCGUAUUGCCAUUGCCGGCAAAGGUGUCCGCGGCGGGCUUUGUGCUGCCGCGCCUGGGCGCCCUCUUGCUGGCCGAGGACGCCAGCAUAGAGCUGGCAGCUGCAGCUGGAACUGCAGCUGGACGCGCCUAUUUAAAGGCUCCAAAGACGAGCAAAUGGUUCGAUCCGGGCAGCUGGAGCGUGCAGCCCGGCUCCGCCUCCGCCUCCGGCUCGCUUGCCAGCGCCAACUCCAUUGUGCCGGAGGUGGAGCGCGUGCCCUGCGACGAUGAGCACGUGGUGAUCAGCGGCAAUGGCGGCGCGCUCUCCUUUGACUUGGAGCACGUGCAAUAUCUGCGCCUGGGCCAGCUUAUACUGGCCGGCUCGUCCAUCUCCCGGAGCUAUCUGCAGGAGCUGCUCGGCCGGGAUCUGGGCCAGCUGCUGUUCCACAAUGCCCAGGCCGUGACCGUGGAGUACUAUCGGGGCGAGCUCUGCGGCUGCCACAAGGAUUACGAGCGUCUGGUCGAGCCCGUCUGCCGGAACGUGGAGCCGGAAUGUGCACGGCCCCGCUGCGUCUCGCCGCUGCGUCCCUUUGGCGCCUGCUGCUUGGUCUGCGGCGCCAUGAUGCACAUGCCCAGCGAGCACUGCACGGCGGAGGAUCGCAAGAGGCUGACCACGUUCAUCCAGGAUGCCAUCGAGCGCCAGGAUUUGGCGGACGAGCUGCAGCUGCACGUGGACUACGUGGGCUCCGCCACAUUGGGCAACCAUCUGCAGGCCAUAAUCGUGGAUCGCCGUGGCUACAACGAGCGCAGCGUGGACUUUAUGCGCCGCCUCUCCGCCGGACGCAACCAGAGCCAGUGGCUGGCCCGGCAGUCCGGGCUGAAGCUCCUCUAUGCGGGUCGUCCGUACAAUCCCCACGUGAGCUUCGCCUCCGUUAUGCUGAUACUCUUCUGUGUGCUGCUUGUGGGCGUUGUCUCCGUGAUCAUGCUCGCCCACUUUCUGCCGGAGCAUCCGUAUCUGCGGCGCAUUCCCCAGUGGAUACACGAUCCGCGUCGCCUCCGUGUCCAUCUCCAGUUCCCUCUCCGUCGCAAUCUGCUCUUCAAUCGCUUCGAUAACGCUGCAGGCGGAGCGGGCGGGGCUGUCAUUGGCUACGAUGCGGAAAGCGGCGAGGUGCGCGAUCGUGCCUUCAAUAAUCCCAUGUUCGAGCAGGAGCCGGAGCCAGAGCAGGAGCAGGAGCCGGAGCAGGCAGCCCGGCCUCAAGCUGUGCCCGAAGCAACUGUCGUGCCCUCCAAGGUGGAGACAGGCGAACUGGACAGCUGCAGCGUGGAGGAGCAGGAGCUGACCGAAAUCAAUUUGGAGUCCUCCGGCUCGGAAAGUGAAGCCGAGGCCGAAACCAAGGAAUGAAACACCAAUUUGUAGGACAGAUUUUAUAAUGGGAAGAUCCCCUUUCCAUAUAUAUAUCCCAGACAAUUAUUCCAUUUAUUCCCAUUAACCAUAAUCUAUCUAUUAUAUGUCCUAUAUUAGCCUGGGCUUUUUUUUGCCAUGUCCCCGCAAUAAGUGGGAAAAAACAAAACCCAGUUUAUAUUUCGAAAAUAUUUAUAAGUUAUCUGUCAACUAUCAGCCUGGAAUUUGAACCCAGUUUCUGUUUCUUACGUUAUCUUAUCGUAAAAUAAAAGCCAUAUCCGAGGUGAAAUCUAUAAAACUACAAACUGCAUAGAAAUUCAUUAUAUUAUAUAUAUAUAUAUAUCAA